CUUGGGCCGGGCAGUUUCCACGGCCAUGUGAUCCCGGGGCUGCUGGGACGCUCCGGAACAGCUGGGACAAGCGGGGGUCGCGGGCGUCCCUGGGAGGGGGCGACAUGGAGCGGAGGUGGGUCUUCGUGCUGCUGGACGUGCUGUGCGUGCUGGUCGCCUCUCUGCCCUUCAUCAUCCUGACCUUGGUGAACACACCAUACAAACGAGGGUUCUACUGCGGAGAUGACUCCAUCCGGUACCCGUACCGUCCAGACACAAUCACCCAUGGACUCAUGGCCGGGGUCAUCAUCACAGCAACUGUCGUCCUUGUCUCGUCGGGGGAGGCCUACCUGGUGUACACAGAGCGUCUCUACUCACGCUCCGACUUCAACAACUAUGUGGCCGCCAUCUACAAGGUGCUGGGGACCUUCCUGUUCGGGGCCGCUGUGAGCCAGUCUCUGACUGACCUCGCCAAGUACAUGAUCGGCCGUCUGCGACCCAGCUUCUUGGCUGUGUGUGACCCCGACUGGAACCGGGUCAACUGUUCCGGCUAUGUGCAGCUGGAGGUGUGCAGGGGCAGCCCUGCCAAUGUCACUGAGGCCAGGCUGUCCUUUUACUCCGGGCACUCCUCCUUUGGCAUGUACUGCAUGUUGUUCCUGGCGCUGUAUGUGCAGGCUCGGCUCUGCUGGAAGUGGGCGCGGCUGCUGAGGCCCACCGUUCAGUUCUUCUUGGUGGCCUUCGCAAUCUAUGUGGGCUACACCCGAGUGUCUGACCACAAGCACCACUGGAGUGAUGUCCUCGUCGGCCUCCUGCAAGGAGCCCUGGUGGCCUGCCUCACGGUCCGCUAUGUCUCAGACUUCUUCAAAUCCCGGCCCCCCCAGCCCUGCCAGGAGGAUGAGGAACCCCAGCGCAAGCCCAGUCUGUCACUGACGCUGACUCUCGGCGAUGGACCUUAGCCACUAUGAGUACCCAGUCUCUUCCUGCUUUGGAAGCUGGGAAGCCGCCUGUGGGCCAGGCAUGUCUUGGCCCCUUGGCCCUGGUCAGGCACUACUGACUUUGGAGCUGCCCCAGGGUCAGUUGACUAGGGUCUUGGGUUCCU